AUGAUGAUGGAACAACAGAGAGCGCGAUUAGGGCCGCUACCUGGGGGCCGCUACCUGGGGGCCGCCAGGCCGCGUCUGGGGCUGGCGCUGGACGUGGCAGCAUGCGAGCCGCCAGCCAACAUAGUCGACCGGCACUACCACCUGACCGGUCGACACUUCCAUCAUCCCCAUCAGAGGGCUUGGCUUCGACAGGGUCCCCUAGGGCCCAAUCUUCGGAGCCCGCCGCUGGGCUACAGGGGGAGAAACCGGACGGACUGGCUACCGAGCAGCAAUGUACCGCGAGUUCUUGCUGCUUGCUGGUUUAUUCAGCGUUCGAACAUCUUUAACGCGACCGAGCUCGGACGAUUAAGACGUGAGGCUGUUCCUGAAGUGCCAGCCUCUUCUGCAGAGCAAAUCGUCUCACCGGCGGCGCCUGUCCGCGAAGAGACUGAACCUAUGUCCCAAGAUUUGCAUGCAGAGGAGGAGGACACUGAGGGUACUGUCUCCCUUGAUAUAGAGCGUAUGGGAAGGAUCUUAGAAGAGACGAUUUCUGAAAUCCGUAAUGCUCCUCUGGAGGAUCGUCCGCGGCUCUCCCGUAUUGCGCUAAAUAUAGCGUCACGGGAUGUCAUUGAGGCCAUAAACGAAAUGCUGCCCCAACACCUGGCGGGCAGCACUGGUCUGGAUGAUACGGCUUCUAUCCUUUUCGGGGCAGCCCUGGCCGUCCACCGCUUCAUUGGCAUCAAAACCAUGAAACCUGGGCGCCCGGGGCGUUCUGCUAAUAACACCAAAGCAGAACCAGCCUGGAAGAGAAGGAUAGAACGCCGUAUCACCCUUGCCAGAGGCCUCAUUGGCAGACUGCUAUGCUUCAGGUCGGGCAAUAGAAGGCCAAGGAUUGUGCGCUCCGUCAGAAUAGCCUUAACGGGCUCGGGAUUGGAGUGUCCUGCAGUCUGUUCUACCUCUCCACAGCCGAAUCCGGCUGACCUUAUCGCUUUUUGGCGAAACAUAUGGUCAAGAGAAGUAGAGCACGAUGAGGGUCCUUGGAUUUCGGCGAUAGAGGAGACAUGUGCCGCAAUCAGGCCGAUGAACCCAGUCGCCAUCUCUACGGAGGAUGUAGUUGGUGCAGUAAGGCGGGCCGCGAACUGGAAAAGUCCGGGGCCCGACGGACUGCAUCACUACUGGUUGAAGGCGUUCUCGACUUGCCAUGUCACCUUGGCUCGCCAAUUCCAAGAGGCUCUCGAGCAAGGGACACUCCCGAACCUUUUCACCACCGGGAUCACUCAUUUAGCUCCAAAGACCACCGACACCAUAGAUCCCUCAAAAUACCGCCCCAUCACGUGUCUUACUACCAUCUAUAAGACACUGACAUCCGUUCUGAGCUCUAAGAUAACUCGUCAUGUAGAGGAUAAUAACAUCAUGUCUGGGGCUCAGAACGGAUGUCGGGGUGGUAGUCGUGGUACUAAGGAGCUCCUUCUCAUCGAUUCCGUCGCGGGCCAAUUGGUCAAACGCAACCGCCGGAAUUUUGCCGCAGCCUGGAUUGACUAUAAAAAGGCAUUCGACUCGGUGCCUCAUUCGUGGCUCUUGAGGGACCUUGAGCUGUACAAAAUCGAUUGUACAGUUCAAGACUUCCUCCGGUCAUGUAUGGGGCAAUGGAGCACGAUCCUUUGUCUCCAUGGCGAGAGGUUGGCGGAUGCCGAUGACCGGAUUAGGAUACGCCGGGGUAUCUUCCAGGGUGACUGUCUGAGUCCACUAUGGUUUUGCAUGGCCUUGAAUCCUCUCAGUACAUUACUAGAGGGUUCGGGGACAGGCUUUCAGUUUCGGAGAGGAGGGACAAAAGUGCCUCACCUUCUCUACAUGGACGACCUCAAACUGCUAGCGCCCAAUGCUACCCGACUGCAGGAAUUACUGAAUCUCACCACGGGAUUCAGUAAUUCCAUCAGAAUGGAGCUGGGACUAGACAAGUGUGCGGUCUUGCUUGUGGAGAGGGGUCAGGUAACUCACACGGUCGGGAUCAAUCCUGACCUGCUUAACAUCAAGACCCUUUCUGAAACUGAAUCUUACCGGUAUCUGGGCAUGUCACAAUCUAUAGGGGUGCAAGAGGCGGACAUGAAACAGUCAGUUUGCGAGGGUUUUUAUCGGCGUCUGACAAAGAUCUGUAAAAGUUAUUUGUCGGGCGCCAAUAAGAUUCGAGCUUAUAACGGCUGGGUCAUGCCUGUUCUCAUGUACACCUUUGGCGUGCUCAGAUGGACUCAGACCGAAUUAGACGUCCUGGAUAGAAGGGUCCGCACGACUAUGACUCUCUAUCGUAAGCAUCACCCAAAAUCGUCUGUCAUGAGAUUGUAUGUCCCCCGAAAGUGUGGUGGUCGAGGCCUACUUAGCGCCAAGACCAUGCACAAUCGGGAGAUAUGCAACCUCAGGACUUACUUCGAGACGAAAAGGGAGUCCCCGAUGCAUACAGAAGUCAUAGCAAGUGAUAAAGGAUUCACCCCGCUAUCCUUGGCCAACAGCGAAUGGCAAAAACCAGUGGUACAGAGCAUCUCUGACCGGGAGACCGUAUGGAAGGGGAAGGAGCUGCACGGACGCUUUUUUAAGGCUCUUCAUGAGCCCCAUGUCAGUAAAAAAGCGUCCGUGCAGUGGCUGCGCUUCGGUGACCUCUUUGGGGAAACCGAAGGGUUUGUCUUUGCGAUACAAGACCAGGUGGUAAAGACGCGGAACUACCGAAAGUACAUUCUGAAGGAUGGCACUCACGACAUCUGUCGAGCCUGUCGCCAUCCCGGCGAGUCACUUAGACAUGUCUUUUCGGGUUGUUCAGCUCUUGCCAACACUGAGUAUCUGCACAGACACAACCAAGCAGCCAAAAUCCUUCACCAAGAGCUUGCUCUGACGUACGGUCUCCUGGACCAGAGGUUGCCUUAUUACAAGUACACACCGGUGCCAGUGCUUGAACGCGACGGAGUCCGGCUCUAUUGGGACCGGUCCAUUAUCACGGACAGGACUAUUCUUGCGAAUAAGCCUGACAUCGUGGUGUUGGACCGGGCACAGUCGCGGGUGUUUUUAGUGGACAUCACAAUUCCAUAUGACGAGAACCUUGUGAGAGCUGAGCGGGCUUACAUUACCUACACAAGAUAUGGCAACCAUCCUAUAGGUUACUCUGGAUACGAGUACGGUGGUUACGAUGGUCAUAGUGAAUAUUACGCGUAUCCCAAGUAUUCAUACGAUUACUCGGUAAAGGACCCCCAUACUGGUGAUUUCAAAACCAAAUGGGAGACGCGAGAUGGGGAUGUAGUAAAAGGUGCCUACUCAGUGGCGGACCCUGACGGCACGACCCGCAUAGUGGAGUACACAGCCGACAAGCACAAUGGUUUCAAUGCGGUGGUAAAGCGAAUUGGCCACUCGUACCACCCACAGGUCCAUAGCAAUAGCUAUCGUACUGGUUUCUACAGAUACCACUAGAUGGCGUGCAUAGAAUUUCCACCGUAUACCAACAGAGGGCAGUGAAAUGCAAUGAAGCUGUGAUAUUGCGGGAGUGUAAAAUAACUAUUUUCUAUGAUAACAGUUUUAAGUGUUAGCUAAUAGUUCAAUUUUACAAUAAUAAUGUGUUUUGUAAAUUAUUUAUUAUAAUCAUUUAAUUGAAUGACAAAAAAUUUUUUUUGAUUUUACACAGGAAUAACUUAAUUAUGUAGGUACCUAUGCAUUACAGAUUUCUACAAAAGGUAUUUAAUUUUUAUCGGGAAAAUUCAUAUAACAUGCGUGAAAGUAAUAUUUCUCUUGGUUGUAUUAACAGCUAUUUUUUUAGCUAGUUUGAUGUAAUUCUACAGCUAUUUUUAGAUCAGAAACUUAGAACUCCAAAUUUCUCCACAUACUUAAUGGUUAAUUGAUCGGAAAAUUUUACUUUCCACAUUAAUGUAGGUACUGAAUUUCUCACUAAACUUUUGACGAUAGUGGGCUUGACUUGAUUGAUCUACAAUGCAUUUCUUCUGUCAUA